AUGUUGGAAAUGAAGGCUAACAAGAAGUUGAUCCAGCAACAUAUCCUACACUCAACUGGGAAGUCCAUGACACUCAAGGAUAUACACAACAUGGUGGAAAGAAAGGAUGGUAAUCUAACUGAAUUAAUAGAAGAUAUGAAAAGUCAACCUGGUAAGCGUACGGUGGUUUUGUUACAAACUGUAUUAGGUAAUUCCAGAAAACAUCCCCAUCCUAGUACAUUUCACUGUUAUCAGGAAAAGAUUCUACACCUGGACAGCAUAAAUUUCCUCUGUGGGGUCGAAUCGUUUUCUUGGUGCUAUUAGCCGAGCCAGUUACAGUAGUGAAGUUACAAAGGUUUUUGUAUACGUAACAGUGAUAAUUUGACUCUAUAUUAAUUAUACAGUAUUAAAUGUUCUGUAAUUUGCUUGUAUAGGUGGAAAAGUGGAAUUGUACGUUGAUGAAGAAAAAAACUUUAAAGGUCUCUUCUAUCAGGAUGAAGAAAUGAGAUGGAUAUUUGAUGCCUUUCCCGAAAUUUUACUGAUCGACGCCACAUAUAAAUUGAACAAUCUACGAUUACCAUUAUAUGUGAUGCUUGCUGUCGAUGGAAACGGUGAAAGUGAAAUCGUUGGGCUUAUGCUAUUGGCAGAUGAGCAAGCCGAUACGAUUCGGAGAAUGAUUAGACUGUUUAAAAAACAUAACGCAGCAUGGGAGAAGAUUAACUGUGUCAUGGCUGACAAGGACAUGACAGAACGGAAAGUCAUAAAAGAAGAGAUUCCACAAGCCGGAUUGCUUAUCUGUUUGUUCCACACAAUGCGAGUACUCAUUCAAAAGGGAAAUUACCACCGAGAAAAUGGGAAUUUAUGUGGACGAACGGCUCCAAGUGCUUGA